CGCGCCGGCCGGGGCACUGCUGAGCGAACUGAAAAUGUCUGAAGACGCAUCUGAUGGCACCCCACCUGAAGAAAAACCUGAAGUAAUGGAGAUGCCCAGCAAUGAGGUAUUGCCUCAUGAAUCAGUACCACACCUCGUAGAAGCUGAGAUCUUGCAUGAGUCUUCACAAGAUCAACAUGGACAGGUCACUCAGAAUGUUAGUAAUGGAAAGGAAGGAGACACAGUCAUUAAUGAAAACCCUUUGACUGAAAAUCUCGUUGAAAGCCUGCCUUGCAGCCUGCCUUCCAGUGAAGACACAACUGAAGACAAGCCCACCGAGUGCAUUGAAACUGUAAGCCUUGAUACAGAACCUGAAUUGGAAGAAACACUGCAUGAGCAAAGCAAUCCAGCUGCAGACUCCUCAUCUAAAGCAAGUAGAUGGGGAGCUUGGGGUACCUGGGGAAAGUCUCUCCUGUCAUCAGCUUCUGCCACAGUGGGUCAUGGGAUAACAGCAGUAAAGGAAAAAGCAGGAACUACCCUAAGAAUUCACAGUGGAAGUUCAGCCUCUCUGGAAACAGCGGAGCCUCCUGCAGCUGAAACACCAGUUACUCAAGCAGAAGAUUCUCUGGCCCAAAGCUCUUCUGAGAAUAUUCCUUCUUCUCCUUCAUCUGGAUCUCGUGGCAUGCUGUCAGCUAUCACUAGUGCUGUACAAAACACAGGGAAAAGUGUAUUAUCUGGAGGCUUAGAUGCUUUGGAAUUUAUUGGGAAGACAACCAUGAAUGUCCUUGCAGAAAGUGAUCCUGGAUUUAAGAGAACCAAAACACUGAUGGCACGAACAGUCUCACUCUCUCAGCUGUUGCGAGAAGCCAAAGAAAAAGAGAAACAGAGGCGGGCCCAGCAAGUUACAGUAGAAAGAACAGCACAUUAUGGACUACUUUUUGAUGAAUUCCAAGGUUUGUCUCAUCUUGAAGCUCUGGAAAUCCUGUCAAAUGAAAGUGAAGCUCAGAUUCAGUCACAUUUAGCAACACUUGAUGGAGAGCAGUUGGAGACUGUGAAAAAUGAUUUAAUUGCUAUAAAAGAGAUCUUUGUUCCAAAGGAAUUAGAUGAUGAAGUGGUGCAGGCGCAAAAAGCAGAUACAGGAGAAGAGUUUGUCAGCAUGCUCACAGAACUGCUCUUUGAAUUGCAUGUUGCUGCUACUCCUGACAAGCUAAAUAAGGCUAGGAAAAAAGCUCAUGAAUGGCUGGAAGAAGCCAGUUUGUCCACCCCAGUAGACAUAGAAGAGGAGCUAAAUGAAAAACCUGAAGAACCUGGUGAAGAAAAGACUCAAACAGACAAUAAAAUUGAGAAUGAUAAAACAGAAGUAGACAAAAGCAAAACUGUGGAGGAAAUCUACAUGCUGUCCAUUGAAAGUCUGGCUGAGGUAACUGCUCGUUGUAUUGAACAGCUUCAUAAAGUAGCAGAAUUAAUUCUACAUGGGCAAGAAGUAGAAAAAACAGCUCAAGAUCAAGCAAAAGUACUGACAAAUUUAACAAGUGCCAUGUGCAAUGAAGUUUCAUCUUUAUCAAAGAAGUUUUCUGAUUCUGUAACAGCAGCUGGGAGUAAUAUGAAGGCAGAGGUUCUUAACCCCAUUAUUAACAGUGUGCUAUUAGAGGGCUGCAACAGUACUACUUAUAUCCAGGAUGCUUUCCAGUUACUGCUUCCAGUUCUGCAGAUUUCUCAUAUCCAGAGCAGUUGUUCCAAAGCCCAGGAGUUGUCAUCUUGAGAGCAACCACAGACCCGAAGUGUUGAGCUGUGCCAAGAGAAGGGCUGGUACAGAUGUCUGGCCACUAGAGUUCUUUGAAGACACUAAAUGCGGUUUUGCACACACAGUACUGAACAUUUUAGAACUCUUUCAGACUUUAAGACUUUAGAAGUAGUUAGUAAAGUGAGUCAUUUCUUUUCCAGUGCAGUUCAUGCUUUGCAUUAAUUUAAACAGAAGUUUAUUGAUAUUAGCAUUGACUUAAAUACGGAUUCUAAAUGUUGACCCUUUCACUUGUAAACAAUGUAUGAAACAAAUUGGAAUGUAAAGUUUCUUAAAACAUUUUACUUCAGAUUACCAUUUAUAUUGUUUGCAUUGUAACUGCAGUUUAAACACUAUAUUUCAGAAGAUGGUUUCAGUAUUUAAUUUUUGCCAACAUGAACAAAUUAUCAAAGUGUUGAGUUUGUUAAGUAUUAUUUCCAGUAGCAAAUAAUAACAUCAUAUUAAUUUGUACCACUAACAUAACACUUUGUAUUGAAGGAGUUGAACAGCAAUAGGUAUUAACUUUACUAAGUGAAAAUUAUGGAGGUUAUGCAUAAAGAAUUAAACUGAAAAGAAAUUUUCUGAGCCAGUUAAGAUUACGGGUAUAGCUCUGUAUUUGCUGACCCAUAAGUUUAUAUUAAUUUAGGUCCAUUUCAUCAUUUCCAUGGCUGAACA